AUGGCCGGGCUGCAGCCGCCCGGCGACGGGGACCUCUCCAUGCUCUCGCCGCCCCCGAUCCCCGGCGAACCCCGGCGGGUGGAGUUCGUCGCCCUGACCGAGGUGCACACGGAGAAGAACGAGCCGCCCGCGGGCAGCCCCCGGCGCCGGGGUCUGCUGGGGACCCCGCUGCCAGCGCCGCCCGGCGGGGCAGCCGCCCGCUCCGCCGCGCACAAGCGUUACCGGCGCCUGCAGAACUGUCUGUACAACGUGCUGGAGAGACCCCGCGGCUGGGCGUUCAUCUACCACGCCUUCAUAUUCCUCCUAGUCUUCAGCUGCUUGGUGCUGUCCGUGUUUUCCACCAUCCCAGAGCAUCAGAAACUAGCCAACCAAUGUCUGUUCAUCCUGGAAUUUGUCAUGAUUGUGGUGUUCGGCAUGGAGUACAUCAUCCGCAUCUGGGCAGCUGGCUGCUGCUGCCGUUACCGGGGCUGGCAGGGGCGGUUCCGCUUUGCCAGGAAACCCUUCUGCGUAAUAGAUUUCAUCGUGUUCAUCGCCUCGCUGGCCGUUAUUGCUGCCGGCACGCAGGGGAACAUCUUUGCCACCUCGGCGCUGCGCAGCAUGCGCUUCCUGCAGAUCCUGCGGAUGGUGCGCAUGGACCGCAGGGGGGGCACCUGGAAGCUCCUGGGCUCAGUGGUCUAUGCCCACAGCAAGGAGCUAAUCACGGCCUGGUACAUCGGCUUCCUGGUGCUCAUCUUUGCCUCCUUCCUCGUCUACCUGGCUGAGAAAGACGCCAACACGGAGUUCGCCACCUACGCUGACUCGCUCUGGUGGGGCACAAUCACGCUCACCACCAUCGGCUACGGGGACAAGACCCCCAAUACGUGGCUGGGCAGGGUGCUGGCAGCCGGCUUUGCGCUCCUGGGCAUCUCCUUCUUCGCUCUGCCUGCCGGGAUUCUGGGCUCCGGCUUUGCCCUGAAAGUCCAGGAGCAGCAUCGCCAGAAACACUUUGAGAAGAGGCGGACGCCGGCAGCGAACCUGAUCCAGGCUGCCUGGCGCCUGUAUUCGACAGACGGGAGACGAGCCUACCUGACCGCCACUUGGUGUUACUAUGACAGCAUUCUCCCAUCCUUCAGAGAGCUGGUCCUUAUGUUUGAGCAUUUGCACCGAGUCCGCAACGGAGGAGUUAGGAAUUCAGAGGUGAAAAGGUUGCCUGACGGAGUCCCACCGCCAUAUCACUCCUUCACCUCUGGCCAGAAAACCAUCGCCCCUGCUUUUUGCUCUGGGGAAAGCCAGAUCUUUAGUAGUAAGCGGAAUUUCUUUCGGAUUCCCACCGGCUGGAAACAGAGCAACAAAAUGGGCAUCAAGGACCGCAUCCGCCUCAACAACUCGCAGAGGCAGGGCAGCCGGGGAAAGCAGCACCUGGCACCGCCCAUGCGCCGCUCCCCCAGCACCGAGAAUGUGCAGGAGGCUACCAGCCCCACCAAGGUGCAGAAGAGCUGGAGCUUCAACGACCGCACCAGGUUCCGGGCAUCGCUGAGGCUCAAACCUCGGCCACCGGUGGAGGUUGACGGCCUGGUGGAGGAGAGCUCCGAGGAGAAGGGCUACCAGUGCGACCUGACCUUCGAGGACAUCAUGCCAGCUGUGAAAACGCUCAUUCGGGCUGUCAGGAUCCUGAAGUUCCUGGUUGCGAAGAGGAAGUUCAAGGAGACCCUGCGGCCCUAUGACGUCAAGGAUGUCAUCGAGCAGUACUCAGCUGGCCACCUCGACAUGCUGGGCCGCAUCAAGAGCCUCCAGUCACGCGUGGAUCAGAUCGUGGGAAGAGGAGCCAUCACUGUCGAUAAGAAGACCCGGGAGAAGGGAGAAAAGUCCCUGGAGGCCGAUCUGGUGGACGAGCUCAGCAUGAUGGGCCGAGUGGUCAAGGUGGAGAAACAAGUGCAAUCCAUAGAGCACAAGUUGGACUUGUUACUGAGCCUCUAUUCCCAGUGCCUGCAGAAAGGCUCCACAAACUCCUUUGCCCUGGCCGCCAUGCAGACCCCCAGCUUUGACCCGGACAUCACCUCCGACUACCACAGCCCCACAGAGCACGAGGACAUCUCAGUGUCCGCGCAGACCUUAAACAUCUCCAGGUCGGCCAGCACCAACAUGGACUGAGAGCGGUUCCCAGCACAGGUCCCGGGGGAGAGCUGGGGGGACCGGUCGUGAGCCUGGUGGUGAACAUACUUGUACACAGACACACUGAUAACUAUUAGGCAAGGAGACCGACAUGGGAACCCAGCCAGGUUCUGGGCUGGGGACCACGCGGCCUCGUCUAAUGUGUCCUGAUGCACUAUGAGCCUCACCUUGAUUUUACUUGAACGAGUCUUCCUUCUGACCGUGCACAAGCAGGAAUUAUUAAGCAACUAGUAUUCAGCACUUGGGAGCCAGCUGGGGCUGGGACCCCGGGGGAUGCAGCAUUGUGAGUUUCUUAAAGCGUUAAACCUACAACACCAAGGAGAGAAAUGCCUGGUAUCUAAGAAGCUCUUUUAUUUAUAGGAUCAGCCUCUCUAGACUUUGUCCUCUGCAGGCAGUCUUCUCCACGGAGGAAAUCCCCCUCUCCGGCACAUCCCUGUUGAGGUGGCACUGCUCCAGGACAGCGGGAGGGCGAGUUGGCCAGGGAUGCAACGGGUCAGCGCACCUUGUCACUUGGUCUUUCUUCUGGGCGCCUCUCUGGGAACCGUCCUCGGAAUGAGCUUUGACCAGGGUGUGGAAUGUUUGAGAGCUUCUGAACUCCAAGGCUGGCGAUUCUGAUCUCUUCACCCUGCGGCUCUACACCAUUGCCCCUCCUGGGAGCCGGAGCAGGGUUCUUACUACCAGCUAUGCAAGGCUAGAUAACCCUUUACUGUCCAGUGCUAAACACUGGGCACUGUGACUCGAUUGAAUGUGCUUUCUUCCGGACCUAGGAAAGAGCUGGGGAAUGGCUGGGUUUUGCCUCCUCGGGGGGUGUUACCAUCUUUCCUGUCUCCCAGCGAGCAGGGGGCUCCGAAUCCUGCCGCCGGGACUGUAACUCAGUGCGCACAGUGGAACCGUCUGCGCGGCAGCGUUUCAAUAUGCAACCUUCGAUCCCGACGGGCGGGGCGGACGAGUCGCCCGUCGGCCUAGGCAAUAGGUGUUUACCCCGCGCCCCUGGGGCUGGAUCCGGGGCUGCUCGAGUCGGUGGGGUUUCACGGGGCGAAUGCUGCACCUUUGGAGCCUGGCGGACGGACUCGGAUGGACUUUGGAUCAGGCCCUUGACUUGAAAGGGGGUAACUGGCCCAUUGGACCAAAUGCAGCCCUGUUGCAUGAGUCCGUGGAGUUAACAGCAGGCCUGGAUCUGGUCCAUUGCACGUGGCUGUUGGGGAAGGGGGGGGCAUAGGUGGGUGUGGGCACAGCCAGGAGGAGGGUAAGGAUGCUGUAGCUUAGCGUUAGCUCUUCUUCCCCCCACCAUGGCUAGUCUGGCCAGCUCAGGCAGCCCGGCUUGCCCGCUGUGGCUUCCGUACAUCUCCUAGUGGCACGGGAGGCACUGGUAGCUUAGGGUACCCAAUGUCUCCAGACCUCGUUUUCCCAGAGGUGGUUCCCCAACUGGAUCACUUCUCUCCCCUGCCCUCUUCUACCGCCUCACCCGCCAGAGCCUGGCACGGGGCUUCACUUGGGUACCUGCUGUCCUUAGUCAUCCAGCUCGAGUGUUCUCAGCAAGAUAGACCCUGCCCUCCCCCGCCCCCCAUUGAUAGCCCAUUCAUUUCAAACCCUGGGCCCCGAUCCCCCGUGGGUGCCGUAAGGGACUUCACUGCAGGAUGGGGGCCUUAGCCCCCACUCUGGCUCCCCAAAGAGCCCUGAUUUCCCUUGCACAUCCUCUGCGGUCAGGAAUAUUCAGUAUCAGUCGGAGCUGCCUGGUUCAGGCCUGGACUCAGAAUCCCUUCCCCGGCCUGUUUUCUGGUGGGGGUCUCAGCGCGACUGAAACCCAUCAGGAUAAGAGGGCUAUUUUUGGCCCAAGGUGGCCAAAGCUCUGAGAUUUCAGUGUCGGCAAAUCCAUCUUGGAACGGAUUUGGCUUUGAACCCGGGGCCCUCUUCCCAAUCUGAACACCACUGUUUCCCCACAUCUGCUGGCGCUCCCGUGGGGGUGGUGGUGGGGCUGGUCGGGGACAGAUCUCCCCUAACGCAGGAUCUCUGCCUGGAAGGAGAGGUGGGAUGUGUUUCUCAUGCUUGCUCAUUACCCUUCCUAUGCAGUUAAAUGUCUUCCAGCAUCACCAGGCACACUCUGUCCCCCUGCCCCUCGGUCCAAGGCAAACCCCUGCAUGUCUGGGCAGCGCUGCCCCAUCCUGCAGUUCAGUUGCAUCAGGCACCAGCCUUCCAGGGUGGCCAAGAGCAGCUCUUGAAUUUCAACAUGAAGGGUUUGCAUCCUGCUUCUCCCCCCCUCCCCGCCCACCAGCAGCGUCCCCUGCUGGAGAGGGAUGGAGGGAGGGGGCUGGAUUGCUGAGGGCCAGCCGUGUCCUGCAAGGAGGCUAGCACAACGGUGUCUCUUGGGAAUGGCUGGGCUAUUGUCCAGCCUGCAAGUGCUCAGCUGAGAGCCUGGCUCUGGAACGUGCCCUCCCAUGCAUGCAUGCUGCUAUGCCAUUCCCUGGCGGAGCAGGGGCCUCGCCAGCCCUGGCCCCACCAAUGCCUCCUUUCGCCACCCCUGGGGGCUCCCUGACCUUCUUGCGAUGGUGGAGGCAUAGGUCAGGUCAAAAGGACCUCUCACUCCUUUCACCCACCCCAGCAGAUAUCUAAAGGGAGGGAUGUGAGAGGAGUAUAACCUCCCUCCCCCAGCUCCCAGCCAACUCCCCGGAUCUACCGGCGGCGGGGUGGGAGAGGUGCCUGCUGUAGAGCCGUGGACUGGAGCUAGGGCAUGGGGGGCACCUUCCCCGUUCAGCUGCAUCCUGCUUGCAUUCCAUGCCUAGGCAGUGCAUGCCACCCGCCCCUGCGGAGACCCCUGCCCGGAGCCAGUCUCAUCCCAACCUGCUUGCAUGCUCCAGCAUGUGUCUUGACUUGUGCAUCGAGACCCUCCGCCCCAGGCCCCUGCCCCGAGCAUGGCGCCCAUCGCGCUGCGGCGUGGGAGGGCAGACGCCGGCCCCCCUCUCCGAAGCAGACGUGUCUCCUGUCUGUACGGGAUGGGGAUGCGGUCGGGGGCGGGGGGCCAAGGCUUCGGCCAAAGGAAACGAAGUAGGAAACCCCUCCAGGUGAUUCCCAGCGACCCUUGUUGCCGAGACGAAGAUAGUUACCUCACUUUACUAACUUAUUAACUUAUUUGU